AUGAGUAGUCCGACCCCCACCCCUCCUUUGACCCAACUCCAAAAGCUUGCUGCAUUACAAAGGAAGGCUGUGACAAGCUGGUUUGAUAGUGAGGAGAGCGACAAUGACGAUGAUGUUGUCGUGCAGCCAAAGAAGUCGACAAAAGCUAAAGCCGCAACUGGAAAACCCCUGGCAGUAAAGAUGAAGGCAGACGUACAAGCAAGUGCCAACCUUGAAAACAUAUCAGCAAAGCAUUUUCAUGGUGCGGCUAUUAGCGAAUCUGAGUUAGAUGAAGAGGAAAUUGUGCCUAUUUCUUUAAAAUCUAAAGGAAAGAAAAAGGCAAGGAUUACCCCACCGCCUCCCUCCCUGCCUGCUUGCAAAAAGUUUGGUCCCAGUGACCUCCCUACCCUAAAUAUCCUGCCACAUACGAGACCAGCACCAAGGACUCCACUGCAAAUGAUCAGCCACGACCACCCAGUGUAUAAUGGCUUGAGGACCCGCAUUCCAGAGGCUCCCACUAUUGCACCCAGCUUCCCCAGUGCACCUGUUCAAGCGCCUGCUCCAGCCGCCCCAGGAGAUGAGUAUGCUAGCAUGCCUCCUGCAGUCAGAGAUAUCGCCCACGCACUCAUACCGUCCUUGAAAGGACAACCAGACAGCUUCCUCCCACCCGGUAUUGUGAAACUUGCAUGGACCACUCAUCUGGAAGCUCAAAAGUCAAUGUACGAACAAGCUAUGUCCCGUUUUUUGAAUCCACAUGGGCGUCAUGAGAAAAAGUACUAUCCUAAUAUGGAUAGCCCUUCUAAUGAUCCGUACUGA